ACUACAAUGAGCGGAUCAACACCUGUAAGGUCAAUAAGCACUGGAGGAUCAAUGGCUGAGACUACUAGAUCAAGUACAUCUGUUGCUUCAAUGGAAAACGCGGGAUCAACUACAAUGAGCGGAUCAACAUCUGUACGGUCAAUAAGCACUGGAGGAUCAAUGGCUGACACUACUAGAUCAAGGACAUCUGUUGCUUCCAUAGCAACCACGGGAUCAACUACAAUGAGCGGAUCAACACCUGUCAGGUCAAUAAGGACUGGAGGAUCAAUGGCUGACACUACUAGAUCAAGGACAUCUGUUGCUUCAAUGGCAACCACGGGAUCAACUACAAUGAGCGGAUCAACACCUGUAAGGUCAAUAAGCACUGGAGGAUCAAUGGCAGACCCUACUAGAUCAAGGACAUCUGUUGCUUCAACAGCAACCACGGGAUCAACUACAAUGAGCGGAUCAACACCUGUCAGGUCAAUAAGGACUGGAGGAUCAAUGGCUGACACUACUAGAUCAAGGACAUCUGUUGCUUCAAUGGCAACCACGGGAUCAACUACAAUGAGCGGAUCAACACCUGUAAGGUCAAUAAGCACUGGAGGAUCAAUGGCUGACACUACUAGAUCAAGGACAUCUGUUGCUUCCAUAGCAACCACGGGAUCAACUACAAUGAGCGGAUCAACACCUGUAAGGUCAAUAAGCACUGGAGGAUCAAUGGCUGACACUACUAGAUCAAAGACAUCUGUUGCUUCAACAGCAACCACGGGAUCAACUACAAUGAGCGGAUCAACACCUGUAAGGUCAAUAAGCACUGGAGGAUCAAUGGCUGAGACUACUAGAUCAAGUACAUCUGUUGCUUCAAUGGAAAACGCGGGAUCAACUACAAUGAGCGGAUCAACAUCUGUACGGUCAAUAAGCACUGGAGGAUCAAUGGCUGACACUACUAGAUCAAGGACAUCUGUUGCUUCCAUAGCAACCACGGGAUCAACUACAAUGAGCGGAUCAACACCUGUCAGGUCAAUAAGGACUGGAGGAUCAAUGGCUGACACUACUAGAUCAAGGACAUCUGUUGCUUCAAUGGCAACCACGGGAUCAACUACAAUGAGCGGAUCAACACCUGUAAGGUCAAUAAGCACUGGAGGAUCAAUGGCUGACACUACUAGAUCAAGGACAUCUGUUGCUUCCAUAGCAACCACGGGAUCAACUACAAUGAGCGGAUCAACACCUGUAAGGUCAAUAAGCACUGGAGGAUCAAUGGCUGACACUACUAGAUCAAAGACAUCUGUUGCUUCAACAGCAACCACGGGAUCAACUACAAUGAGUCAAUAA